AACAAGCUUAAGGCUCUGAUUGCUUGUCCAUGCCAAUGGAGCAGCUAUAAUUUUUAACAUUAUAUUAGCAGGGCUUACUGGGAAAUAAAGACUCCGACCGUCAGCGGCGGCGGCGGUUGUGAUGACAUAUGGCGAAAGGUCGGAAACUAACGAUCAGUCGCAGCGAGCGCUACUUGGGAAGUCACAGACACGGUCACAGUGGGACAAUCUCCGAGGCCGUAGAAUUCGAAGAAGAUGACGUUUGGUCGGUGGUUGACGGCAUGGUCAACGGCGGCGGCGAUGAUCACUCAAUCAACCAUUCGGGGGCCGAGUGGAUCCCACGAGACACUGCCGAGAACAGAGGGCGUAUCGUCAGGAGCCAUCAGUACAUGGCUCGAGACGAUGGCAGCCACGUGGGUGGGCUGUCUCUGGCUUUCGAUGAUGAUUCAGGCAAAACAGCGUCUCCUAGGAUCUUGCACCAGUUCCGAGGCCAUGACAACGUGGCAAGCCCACGUGCGCGUAAUCUGGCCACGUCAGCCCCGGUUAACGUUCCCGACUGGUCGAAAAUUUACAGAGCCGACUCGGUGGAGUCGUUGCACGACUCGGACGACAGCGCCGAGAACUUCGAGAUGGUGCCGCCGCACGAGCACGUGGCGAGAGAUUACCGCCGCCAGACGGCGGCAAACUCGGUUUUCGAGGGCAUGGGCCGCACGCUGAAAGGCCGGGACAUGAGCCGGGUCAGGGAUGCGGUCUGGAGUCGGACCGGGUUUAAUGGCUAAACUCUCACCUUCUAGCGUCUGAAAAGUGAUGUUUUUUGCGGGGUACAACAUUAAAUGUUUUGUAAUGGUAUGAUUGCUAGAUUGUCUUUUUUUAAUCUGGGGCAAUGACUCAAGUGAGUAAACUCAGUCUAAACGAGUCAACUCUGGCAACGAUUGAGCCCUGGAUUUUGGUUAAAGCUUUUCUACCACCUCUGUUUCUGGUAUCAAAAAUGAUAUAUCCUGAGUUGAAAUUUGGAUAAUUGUUAUUAAAGUUCCCAUCAGUGAUAAAUUUGUUUGAGGAUUGCA